UGCGUCCUCCACCAGACGGUCCCCCAAUAUCGGGACAAAGUACGUCUUGACCGAUGUACGGUCGGGACGCAGGACAAGUCCCUUAAAAUUGGGACUGUCCCGAUAAUAUUUGGACGUCUGGUCACCCUACCCCCAGAUAAUCACUGGUUGAUGUUACAUCAGGGAACUGGAAUGAAUUAACAUGGCCACUGAGCCUAGGGGCUGCUGCAGCAGGAUUUGGUCCCACUCUUGACACAGGGUUGCAGUAAUUACAGAGACUCGUAGAGCGACGGGACAAACAGCCUGCAGAACUGGCCGUCACCAGGCAACCUGCAGAGCUGCGGCUGCUGGCACGGAAGCUGCUCUCUCACUGUGGGUGUGUCAGCGGAAUCUGAUCUUUGUGCCAUAACGGUCCUGUGAGGCGGAUCCAGCCACAAUCAGUUCCAGCCUCGAUCCUACUUUCACUUUUGAAGCUGGUGGAUGGGCCCAGAGGGGACGGGGCUUCCAUUCAAUAUAACCUGCAUUAACUGACUGAAAAGCUCAGGGCAGGCUGGAGUUAACCCCUGCGGCUCCCUGACCCUCCGGCGGGAUGGAUGUCACAGCCUGGGAAAGGGAACCAGUCCCUGGGAGCAGGAGCCCUGCCUAGAGGGAAUGGCUCUGGGUGCUAGCGAAGCCGGGAGCCCCCUGGAGAGACUGGAACGGCUCAGAAACGACUCCACAGGACACCGCAGACCAAGCUACGAUGACAGGGAAGGUUCCCUCAUUCUCCCCUGGCUCCACAGUGAGCUCUGCUCUGCCUGCCUAUGUUGCUCUCUGCCUCGCUCUACAGGUUCAUGGACUGGUGUCAGCACAGUUCACAGUGACUGGACCUGACCAUCCAGUCACUGCCUCCCUAGGUGGGGAAGCUGUCCUGUCCUGCCACCUCUCCCCAAGGAUGAGCGCUGAGAACAUGGAGGUGAGAUGGUUCCGAUCCAAGUACUCUGCAGUUGUGCACCUGUACCGUGAUGGGCAGGAUCAGUAUGAACAGCAGAUGCUGGAAUAUGGAGGGAGAACUGAGCUCUUGAAAGAUGACAUCACCAGUGGGAGAGUUUUCCUGAGAAUACGCAAUGUCCAACCCUCCGAUGAUGGGCAGUACACGUGUUUUUUUCAGUCCAGUGUCUCUUAUGAAGAAGCUUUAUUGGAACUGCAGGUGGCAGAUAUGGGCUCUGCUCCUGUCAUCUCUGUGGAGGGACACCAGGACGGAGGGAUCCGGAUUGUGUGUGGAUCAUCCGGAUGGUACCCACAGCCCAAAGCUCAGUGGAGAGAUCACCAGGGGCAGCUCUUACCAUCGGCCUCUGAAGAAAUAACCCCAGAGGCCAAUGGCCUGUUUCAAACAGAGAUUGUCAUUGUUCUAACAGAAGAGUCCAACCAGAAAGUGUCCUGCUGUGUCAGGAGCCCGCGACUCAACCAGGAGGGAGAGUCAGUGAUUUCCAUAGCAGAGUCAUUUUUCCCGAGGGUCAAUCCCUCGAAAGUGGCUGUCUGGGUGAUCCUGGCUCUCCUGGCAGUUCUCAUGGCCCUGGCCAGUUACUGCUUCUGGAGGCAACACAGAGCAACAGAGAUUCUGCGAUCUGAGAUGGAGAGCGAGAAAGAGACCCUGCUGUCUGAAUGGGAACAAGAGAAAGAGACUUUGCGAUCUGGGAUGGAGAGGCAGAAAGAGACCCUGCAAGCUGAGAUGAAGAGGCAGAAAGCGGAAUACGAGGCAGCAAAAGAACUGGGACUCACCAGAGCCCGAGGAUACGCAGUGGACGUGACUCUGGAUCCAGAUACGGCAAAUCCUGAACUCGUCCUGUCUGAGGAUCGGAAAUGUGUGAGACGCGGAGACAUGCGCCAGGAUCUGCCCAACAACCCUGAGAGAUUUGAUCCUUGUCCCAGUGUCCUGGGCACUGAGGGGUUCGCGGGCAGGAGGCAUUACUGGGAGGUGGAGGUGGGAGACAAGACUAGAUGGACUCUGGGGGUUUGUAGGGAAUCUGUGAGCAGGAGGGGGUUGGUCACACACUCACCUGAGAAUGGAUGCUGGGCCGUGCAGCUGAGGUAUUGGAGAUACGAGGCCCUGACCUCCACCCCAACCCCCCUCCCUGUAAGCGUCAGGCCCAGCCGGGUGGGGAUUUUCCUGGACUAUGAGGCGGGCGAGGUCUCGUUUUACAAUGUGACUGACAGGUCCCGUCUCUUCACGUUCACUGACACCUUCUCCGGGAGGCUCCGCCCAUAUUUCCGUCCUGGUCGCAAUGCUGGGGGUACAAACGCGGCUCCCCUGAUCAUCUGCCCAGUCCCAGCUCAGGCCGGAGGGAAUCUUGGUCCCUGAGAGUGACCCCGCGGCACAGACUUGCCCCUCCCAGUGCUGCUGCUUUUCCCGACCCCAGUGGUGGGGGCCAGUCACUGCCAGCAACUGGGUUUUUUGUGCUGACCAGAUGUUGCCAGUUUCC